AUGAUAAGGGGGCCUUCAGAAUUGAAAUCAACUUUGAAAUUGAAAUCAGAGUAUCCAUUCAAACCACCCAAGAUCACAUUUAAAACCAAGAUCUACCACCCUAACAUUGAUGAGAAGGGGCAGGUAUGUCUGCCGGUAAUUAGUGCUGAAAACUGGAAGCCAGCCACCAAAACCGACCAAGUAAUCCAGUCCCUCAUAGCACUGGUGAACGACCCCCAGCCUGAGCACCCACUCCUGGCUGACCUAGCUGAAGAACACUCUAAGGACCGUAAAAAAUUCUGUAAGAAUGCUGAAGAGUUUACAAAGAAAUAUGGGGAAAAGUGACCUGUGGACUAAUA